GCGUGGUUUGAGCGUCGGCUGCAGAGAGAGAGAGAGAGUGAGAGGAGCGGCUCUCGGACCCUUCGUCACAACUGUCAGCUGGAGGUAAUCAGCGCCGAUAAUUGUUAAUUGUUUAAUUGCGCUGAUUGCCUCUGAUUGCUUUCAACAGUGAGCCUGGGGUUUUUAAAAGCACGACCGGAAGCCGGAGGAGAGGAGAGACGCGCCGGCGAGAAGACGGCGAGAGAAAAAAGCGCUCUUGAUUGCUGUAACGGAGAAAAGCCACGGGCUUUAAAUAAAAUAGCACGCGAGUGCUACGAACUGAAACAGUGUCUCCAGUGAGUGUGUUUGGGUUAGGAGGGGUGGCACUCAUUUGCCACAGUGGUGGCCCGUGCGGGGGGCUCGAAGUAAACACACGGCACAAAGGAGAAAAAAAAAAAAAAUAAUAAAAAUGGAACACAGCCAGGAGCAGGGGGAACCGGCACAGCCAGUGAUGGCGCUUGCGAGGAUGCUGGAGGGGAUGGCAGCAAUGCAAGAGAGACAGGCGCUGAUGCACGCCGAGCAACUUGAAGCUCUGCGAGCACAGACAUCCCUGCAGACGCAGGCUCUACUGCAGCUGGCUGCUGCGGGAGAAACUAGCUCCCGCGAGCGACAGAACAAACCCCCCGUAGCUCUUCACUUGCCUAAAAUGACCCCGGAGGACGAUGCUGAGGCAUUCCUGGAGGGGUUUGAAGUGGCAGCGAAGGCGAGUCAGUGGCCGGAGGAGGAGUGGGUCGUCCGCCUCCUGCCCCUCUUGACUGGGGAAGCCCAACAGGCGGCGCACAGCUUACCCCCCACCGCGCGGGCUGUCUACCAAAACUUAAAGAAGGCGGUCCUGGACCGCCUGGGGUACAGCCCGGAAGAGCACCGGCGGCGGUUCCGUCAGACGGCUCUGGCAGGAGAGGACCGGCCAUUCGCCUACGCCCAGAGACUGCUGGAUAUGGCCCGACGGUGGCUCCGACCGGAACUCCGGUCAGCCGACGGAGUGGUAGAGCUGGUGACACUGGAACGAUUUAUCGAUGGCCUCCCGGGGGAAACAGCGAACUGGGUGAGGUGCCAUCGACCGACCGGGUUGGCGGCCGCCGUCACCCUGGCGGAGGACCACCUGGCGCUCUACCCCCGCGGCCAGUCCCAGCACCAGCAGCAGCAGCAGCAGCAGCAGCAGCAAGGACGGCCCCAGGCUCAGUGGCGGCGGGGUUCGAACCACAGAGAGCUCCUCAGACGCCCGGACCGGGGUGUUGGCGGUGCGGACAACCGGGUCACCUGCGCCGAGAGUGCCCGCUCAUGGAG